CAUCCACAUCAGUGGUCUUGAAAGUUGGGUUUAAAAACUAUAACGAAAUUCAUCAAUUGUUGGGUGAAAUACUAGUAAAAGACAUUCCGACGACAAGACAGCUGGAGCAACAUGCAGAUAUUGGUCCUACUGGCCAGUGUCCUCAUCCUGGCCAGCCUGCAAAAGUCAGUGGCAACGGAAACGGACAACAAAACAAGUGAAUUCGUGGCCACCAAGGAAUGGCAGGUGAUUGCGGAAGGUCAGGCCAUUCCCAAGGGUCUCCAUGUGCGCAUCAAUCUGCAAACCGGACUCAAGGAGGCCAAACUCCUGGACGAGAGUGAACGUGGCACGGCCCUGCAAAGUCAGCCGGAGGAUCAGGAUCAGAAUCAGAAUCAGCAGCUAGAGGACAAUGAACCUUUGGCACUGGACUACAAGCCGGACAUCAUCGAGGAAUCCCUACGUCGCGUGAAGGAGCAGAAGAAGAGCUAUGCGGAGCUGCGCAAGGCGUACAAGGAGUUCCAGAAGAACUUUCGCACAGAUGGGGAACUGAUUGUCCAGCUGAUCGAUCAGUACCGCAACUUCAGCAAGACGCCGCUGCUGGAGUCGCAGAUGCGCUCCAAGCUGGACUGCCUGGAGAAUCUGGAGUACCUGCUGCAUCAGAUAGACAAUGCCCUGCUGUUCAUCGACAAUGGAGGGCUGGAUGAUGUGCUGCUGCCCAUUGUGGUCAACGAUACUAGUGUUCCGCUGAGGGUUUCAGCCAUGCGGGUGCUGGGCUCGCUGGCCAGCAACAAUCCCAAGGCCCAGAUCAAGGUGUUCGAGAAGAACUUUGGCUCGCAUCUGGCCCAGAUCCUGAUGAGUUCCGGCAAUGUCGGUGAGAUCUCUGCGGCGCUGCAUGCCUUUGGAGCUCUGCUCCGGAAGUUUCCCCUAGCCCAGCAGCGAUUGCUCUCCACCUCGGGGACACAGGCUCUGGUCAAGGUGUUGCAAAGUCCCGAAGUGGAGCUACGUAGCAAGGCCAAGGUGGUGACCCUCAUCAGCGACUUGGUGCUGGAGAAGCGGUCAGUGCUGGAGGCCAGCAAAGAUGCCACCGAAGCCGCCUCCACAAUGGCGCAAUAUGUGCUGCUGGAGUUCGAGCCUUGGCUACAAUCGCAGGGCUAUUGCCCAGCAGUGGAUCAUGUCAUGGCCAAGGAUUUCAUGCAUCUUCUCGAGCAACCAGAGGUGGUGGAACAAUUUGCCACUGCCCUGGAAACCACCGACGAUCUUUGCAUUGCCACUUGGUCGCAAAGUUCGGGUCUUAGACAUGCCCUGCUAACGAUUCGAAAUCGAUAUGCCAACAGCAAGGACGAAUACCGACUGGAGGUGGCCCACAUCCUGGCCAAACUGUGCGAGAGAUUGUUCAACAAGCCCAAACACACCGAACUGUAAUCCUAGCCAAUUUAACUUGUACAACUAAAAGUCUUAAUUUAUUAUAAGUUCUCAGAGUGAAUGUAAUUCAUAGCCAAAACUAUAGACCCAAAUUGUUCAGGUUAAGUCGGAAUGAUAGUUAUGUUGCCAGGUACUUGUGAUGCAAAUGUAAUGCUCCUUCUGCAAAAGUGUAUCCCUUUGUCACUACUUUAAGAACGUUAGUUAAAACUAUGUUUUUUUUCUACAAGUUUGAAUCAUAAAACUUUAUUUGCUAACGAGGCUGGAGAAUAGUUAUGCCAAUGCUACGAUAAGAAACUUAGCUUUAAGAUUUUCGGUAAUAAAAACAGUCGACUUUUUAAAGCCUGAAAGUUAUCUUAAA